ACGCACAUCUCGCCUACGAAACAAUGGCUGUAGUCAAAUGUACAGUCCUGGCUGUAAAACUAUGAUUUUAACUCUUGGAUAUACUUACUAGGCGUUGUUGUCUUAUCUGCAGCACUAUGGAACACAUAGGAGUGAUGCAGCCGGUGACGGGGUUCGGGAACGUGUAUCAGCAGACGACAGUCGCGAGUGGAAACAACACUGGGUUCUCAACCACCCUCACUCCCUGGCAUCAACCUGAUGCCAACUACACCUCCCUAGAGACCAUCUCUGAGGAACAGACUCCUGGGAAAAAACCAAGAACCAGUGAUUUGACGGAGACAGUGUCGAACUCCGAGGAUGGAUGGGGCGACAUGAAAGCCGCUGCUGUAAAUGGAGCUGAUGGUGAUGCCGUGGCCGAGGAUGAGGAAGAAGAAGACGAAGAAGACGCCGAUGAUCAGAAACAUAAAGAACUUAGUAGACAAGAUCAACAUCAACAAAAGCAGUCUCAGCUUGCUACGACGCUUAAGUGGUUAACUGAGAAUUAUGAGCGAGCAGACGGGGUCUGCCUGCCACGAUGUGUGCUCUACACUCACUAUUUAGACUUCUGUAAAAAACAGGAAUUCACGCCUGCUGGGGCAGCAACAUUCGGAAAAGUAAUCCGCCAGAAGUUCCCCAAGUUGACUACCAGACGUCUCGGAACACGAGGGCAAUCAAAGUACCAUUACUAUGGGAUUGGUAUCAAGGAGACAUCUGUCUACUACCACUCCGUGUACGCUGGCAAGGGACUUACUAGAUUUUCUGGCAUCAAAAUCAAGACAGAGGGAUCAAGUCGUAAGUACUCUUUGAGUUCCAAGACAGGGACUCUUCUCCCAGAAUUCCCGGACCCCAGUAACCUGGUUCUGCCAGAGGGCGCCAGUGAGGAGAAGGUCCACACCUUUGUCAUGAUGUACAGGACGCACUGUCAGCGGAUACUGGACACUGUCAUAUCUGCUAAUUUUGACGAGGUGCAAAACUUCCUGCUCCACUUCUGGCAGGGAAUGCCAGACCACCUGCUGGAGGUGCUGGAGCUGGACGUGAUCACAGAUCUUGCAGGACUCUCAGACUCUAUUUUAUACAAGGUGCUGACGGACGUACUUAUUCCGUCCACUAUUCAAGACUUGCCAGACAGUUUAAGUACAGAAAUUCGUGUGUUUACAAGAAAAAUUCCCGGUUGGCUUGAAAAUGCCAUGGAAAACGUCCCGGAAAAAUUGAAAAAGAAAAAGAUGUCAGUUGUUCGAGAAUUCGUACACAGUAUUCGAAGGCAGAUCUCUUUUAUACACCUUGCUCAGACAGCUCGUUCCGUCCUACUUAGCCAUGAAAGCGUUAACCAAAUGGUUGAUGAUCUCGCCGCCGUGGAGUUCGACAAAAUCUUCUUCCAAGCUAGUUUUAUUGAUAACACACUAAUACAGAAAGUAAAAGAAAAUGUGUAUCACUUCUAUGGUGAGCUGAAGAUUUUGAUGAAAAAGCAGGCGCCAAUAGAGAGUUACACCGAGUGGAUGGACGGGGUCAUUGAUACGUGUGUUUUGCAGGAAAGCAAAUCUAGAGGCCGCAGUUUUAAGGAUUUGGCGUCCGAGUUUCUCUUGCUGUGGUCUUUGUUCGGUUCCCUCAUAGUCCGUGAUCUCACUUUGCACAGCGCGGCUAGUUUUGGUCCCUUCCACCUUCUGCACAUAAUGUUUGACGAGUACGUUUUCCUCGUCAUGGAAACACAACAGGCUCAAGUGAGGGAAAUGGAAUUACAGCAAGCUGUCAGGAAGUCUAUGAAAAAUGGAGGUGAAAUAGUUAUGCAUGCCAAAGUUCGUACAGCUUCGAAGAGCGGAGAUAAAAGUAAAAAACGAAGGCACGAAGAGGACACCGAAGAUAACGCACAAGAUUCACUACGAGUGACAGAGCACCGACCGAGCGUUUUGGCGCCGUUUUCACAUUUAAAUGGCACUGCCUUUGCCAGGCCAUUUCCAAGCAAUUUUCAUCGAGACUCCAGUGGUUAUCUUUUGGCGGACGAUCCAAGCCGUGCCACAGCCAUGCCCCAGAACUCUGUGUCAAUAUCUCCUCUUAAACAAUACCCGUCCAUCAGUACCACCCAUUUUGACAGAACUAGUUAUUUCUCUCAUUUAUCAUUCGGGGGUCUACCUGAUUACUCCGGUUCUACAAAUUCAUUCAGAGUUCCAAGUUACCCCGACGCACAUGCGCACGGACAAGCUCUUGGAAACUUUAGCAUGCCACCAACUACGUCACCUUACUGGAGCGAGGCCAGGAAUCAUUCGUCGCUAGCUGACCCCUAUGGAUACAGUACAUACAACAAAUAUGCAGGCUCUCUUGCAGAUUCGUACAGUAAAAAUUCAGCUUUGUUGAGCGGGACUAGACAUUAUCAAGACUCUUUUGGCUUCAACAGAUCUCCCUUUGAAACGCCUAGAUCACUUUAUACAAGACCCCACGAAACUUUCAAUGGUGCUCCACUUUCCAUGCAAUCAUACGGCGGAAAUUUUAUGGAGAUUGCCCCAUCUAGUGGACCAGCGCCAAACCAAUAUGGCCGUCAGGAUCCAUUGUUACAGGCCCAGGAAGAUUUUUAUAAUUCCAACAUGUCUACGGCGUUUUCUGCCUACAAUUACAAUAAACCUUAUAUGACGCCUUUUAGAUAAAUAUUCUAAGACACUAAGUCCAUUCCAACCAAGCAGGUGCUUUUGUGUUGUAUUGGAACCACAAAGUUACU